AUGUCAACAUCAAACGAUCAAUCAACAAUUGAAUUAACGCAACAACAACAACAACAACAAUUUCAAGAAAGAGGUAGAAGUAGACUGAGAGAAGAUAAAUCAAUCACAACUACAACAAUUGAUGAUUUGAAUGAUAUUAGUUUGAUGGGAUUUAAAACUGGUUCAUCAAAACAAAAUAGUCCAGAAAAAGUUAAAACUAAGCAGUAA